AGAGAGAGAGGAGAGAGAUGUGGUGGUUUAGCAGGAAGGGUCCUUCAGGGUUCUCCUACUCUUCCACUGCGGAAGAGGUCACAGAGGGCAUCAAUGGCAGCGGCCUCACUGCUAUCGUCACUGGAGCAUCGAGCGGUAUUGGUGUUGAAACUUCACGAGUCCUUGCAUUGUGUGGUGUCCAUGUGAUUAUGGGUGUCAGGAAUAUGUCUGCUGGUAAUGCUGUCAAAGAAGCUAUAUUGAACAAAAUCCCUGCCGCUAAAGUGGAUGUCAUGGAGUUGGACCUCAGUUCAAAGGCAUCUGUGAGAAAGUUUGCAUCAGAUUUCAAUGCAGCAGGCCUGCCAUUGAAUAUUCUCAUAAACAAUGCGGGACUUGGUUUUGCUCCGUUCGAGCUUUCUCAAGAUGGUAUAGAGCUGAUUUUUGCCACAAACCAUAUAGGACAUUUUCUUUUAACAGAGCUUUUGUUGGACAAUAUUAAAAAUACAGCCCAUGAAAGUAACAUAGAAGGAAGAAUCAUAAAUGUUGCUUCUGAUGCAUACAAGUUCACAUAUCGAGAAAGAAUUCGUUUUGACAAAAUUAGUGAUAAAUCAGGGUACAAUGGUUUCUUUAGUUAUGGUCAGUCAAAGCUUGCAAACAUAUUGCACGCAAACCAUCUCUCUAGCAUUUUGAAGGAGCAAGGCACAAAUGUGACUAUCAAUUCAGUUCACCCAGGCGCAAUCGUAACUAAUAUUUUCCGGCAUACUCCUAUAAUUGGCGGUGUUGUCACUGCACUUGGCAAGUAUGUGAUGAAAAAUGUUCAGCAGGGAGCUGCGACGACAUGUUAUGUAGCAUUGCAUCCUCAAGUUAAGGGAGUGACGGGGAAAUAUUUUGUGGACUCGAAUGUUGCUGAACUAAAAUCUCAUGCUGCAGACCCGGAAAUGGCGAAAAAGCUUUGGGAACUCUCCUUGAAUAUGAUUUGAUUGACUUAAUUGUGGAGGUUUCUAAAUAAUUGAAAACAUUUACUACAUUAUCAUAGAGAAUUUUGUGGUCCUUUUGCUUGUGCAGUGGUUUGUGUUGCAAGAUUUAAAUGAUAGAAUGAAAACAAUGUCUUGUAUUUCCUCUUACUGGCAAUAUAGUUGAUAUUUGCAGAUUUGAUGGUGUAUUAAGCUC